UGUCAGAAUAAUAAUAUGAUGUUUAAACUGGAUCCGGAAACUGAGAAAAUAACUGAUCACGUUUUUGUCGACCUUCAAAUUACAAGGCUUGCCUCUCCGAAUGUGGAUCUUGGUUAUUUUUUGUACACCAGUGUUAAGAAUGCUGUCCGACGACAAAAUUUGACCGAGUUACUUCAACACUACUUUACAAAUUUUGUAAAGACUUUGACCAUGUUUGAUGAAAACUGCCCAAUCAGUUUUGAGGAUUUUGUCAAGGACUAUAGUGAGAAAAGCCAAUUUGGUUUCUUCUUCAAUCUCAACAUUUUGACAGCAUUAGAAGUAAUGAAGGAUAUCAACUUUGAUAACAUGAGUGACGAUCCAAAAACGUACAUGGAUGAAUUUACAGCAUUAAUCAACGACUGGAUUGUUAAACAUCCCGAGAAAUCAUCUGAAAUCUCGGUUGAAAUUGUUGCUGUUAUAAAUGAAAAUGAAAAAAUACUUGACGAUGCUAGAUCCUCAUAAAUGUAACAAUAACACUUGCAUUCAAAUCAUAAUUCUCACAUUCGUCUUUUAAUUACGAAAUCUGCUCAUGCUAAAUAAAUAAAACUCACUGGUACUGUA